GUACUCAUUUAGUGCCAGAAGCAGUGGAAGAAUAUGGUCGUCACUUCAGUAAUUGGAAUGGCUUUUGCCGUUUUAUUUAUGCUCGUUAUCGUUGCGCCGUUGUGGCUUUUGUUCUCCCUAAUUCGCCUGGGAGUGAAAUUGGCAGUGGUCAAAUUGCUGCACAAAAACAAGAUGGAAUUAUUGCGCGGUAUGGACGCCGGUUUCGUGUACAGGCAUUUGGAUCGCCCCACGAAUCGUCUCAACUUCUGUUCCUUCGUCAUCAUCGAAGGGCGUCCCGAUCUCGAGGCUGUGCGAGACCGGAUUUCCGCAAAAAUGCUUGACAGCAAAAGCAAAAAGGACGAGACGAGGAGUCGGGCAAAACGAUUGACGCAAUUCGUGAGGAGAUCCAUGGGCUACUUUUUCUGGGACGAAGAGCCCGAUUUCGCCGUCGAAAAGCACGUACGAUUUGCAACUGCCGAGAAGAAAUGCAAACGAUGCGCGGAGGAAUAUCCAGGAACUCUUUGUUUCCAAAACGACCAAGACUUGGGAACUUUCAUCGCUGGCCUGUCAGAGAAGGAUUUCGAGAAAAAUUUCAGCCCCUGGGAAGUCCUGGUCGUGCCAAGGUGUCGAGACGAUCCGGAAACAGAAUUACAGUACGCGAUCGUUUUCCGAAUGCAUCACGUCAUCGCCGACGGUGUCGCUCUCGUGAGGUCGUUCCUUGAUUGUCUCGUCGACGAAGACAUCCGCACUGUCGACAGGAGAUCCUCGGAAGGUGAUUUGCAAUCCACGGUUCCGAGCAUUUCCUUGCCGAAAGGAGACGUUGGUUUUCGCGCUAUGCUGCGGGGUUUCUUCAACAUGCCCGGAAUGGCGAUGCGGAUUUUCACCGGACCAGACAAUAACGCCUUGUUCGGCAAACCACUGACAGGGAAGCGUGUCAUGUGCUGGUCGGACCCGUUACCCUUGACACUGCUGCGCGAGGUUGGAAAAGUCCAGAACCAGAACGUGACGAUCAACGACGUCUACAUGUCCAGCGUGACGGCAGCCCUUUUGAAGCGGACGAAAUACUGCUCUAAACCCGUGAAAAACGGCUUGGAAGUGUGUCUGCCCGUGCCGCCGACGAACGACUUGAAGGUGUCGGCUAUUAUUCCGAUAGGCCUGUACUCUUGCAAUUGCUCGGGAAAGAAGCCGGUGACAGGGAAGAGCCCCGUGUGCAACAAGUGCGACCCGUAUUGGGAAAAUUGCGUCGGGAACCGCUUGACCGUAGUGAGGGUCCAGUUGGACAGUUCUUCCGACACUCCUGCUGCUCGUCUGAGGGCAACUCGGGAGCGUUUCGCGUUGAUGAAGCAGUCUGUGGAUGUUGCUGGCUCCUACGUCCUCGGAACGUAUUUCAUGAACGUUUUUCCGAAUCCGUUCCUCGAGCCAUUGAUUCGGAACGAAACUUCUACUUUGGUGGCGUCCAAUCUCGCUGGCCCUGACAAGUGUUUGCACAUCGCGGGACAGAAGUGCCUCCGUUUUGUGUAUUGGGUCCCGCAAACAGGGGAUGCAGGCAUCGGUGUGUCGAUUCUGAGCUACAACGGACAAGCCACGCUCGCAGUAGCAGCCGACACCGCCAUCCUUCCGGAUUACCAAGAAGCCGAGUCCUUCUUGCGGGACGUGGUGCAUGAGGUGCGAUUGCUGGCAGGUGUUGCCAGGUUCCCGGUGUCCGAAGACGGGUGCGGUAGGAAAUACUCACCCAAGUACGAAGCCUUCAUUCCAACGCAUUUGCCGCAUUCGCACAAAAACGAACGCUGAACGCUGCUUUCCCGUUGCCAGCGGAUUACAAAACCAGGAAUACCUAUUGUCCGUGGUCGUUGUUGUAUGAUUUUAUCGGCGUGCUCUCGUGCUUGAUUUUCGUGUGAGUGAAAAUUCCCCCUCACAAAGAGUUGUUUGUACCAAAAUAUGACAGACAUUUGAAUUGUUCUAAUACUCAUUCAUUUGAAUACGAUGCCCUUGCGGACUUGGUUCCCGAAUGUGCGCAUUUCCACUAGCUCAGGUUGCUCUUUCUGUUCAACACGUGCCGCUAAAAACACAGGAUGUUUUAAAAGUUCAAUAUUAAUACCUUCCAAGGAUCCCAACAACGUUUUCUGACGAACUCGUCACGUUCGGCCGGAUAAACCGCGCAAAAAAUGAAGUACAACUGCGAAUAAACAGUAGGCGACCCAAAAUGCGAAACA